UGUAGUUGGGUCUUUGGCCCAAAUUGACUCUCCAAAAAUGGUGUGUUUCUACUUUCCACAACUUUAGUCGUUAUUAGUUCCCCUAUCUCGUUAAGCUUGGUCUGCUUCAUCUGUGCCAUACAGUAAUCAGUAGAACUACAAGUAGUGCCAAUGGCUUCUCCAUCGGCAUUUUCGCGCCUUAACCUUCUCCUCCCGAAACCUUCUCUUUUUGCCGCCAAUUUCCGCAGAACCCAAUUCCAUUUCUUCCCCACUCUUUCUUCCCGCACCAUCUCCUCCUCCUCCUCCUCCUCCCUAACAUGCUCUUCUUAUUCUAAUUCUUCUAUGAAAGAGCUCCAAAACCCAACCCCAAAACGCGACAACCACUUUGUCGUUUUGGGCAUUGAAACCAGCUGCGACGACACUGCCGCCGCCGUUGUGAGAAGCAACGGUGAAAUUCUGAGUCAAGUCGUGUCUUCUCAGGCAGAUCUGCUAACGAAAUAUGGAGGUGUCGCUCCAAAAAUGGCAGAAGAAGCUCACUCGCAGGUUAUUGACCAGGUUGUGCAAGAAGCUCUUGAUAAUGCUUACAUGACUGAGAAGGAUCUUACUGCAGUUGCUGUUACUAUUGGUCCUGGUUUAAGUCUUUGCCUUCGUGUUGGAGUGCAGAAGGCUCGACAAAUUGCUGGGUCCUUUAAGUUACCAAUUAUUGGCAUACAUCACAUGGAAGCACAUGCUCUAGUAGCCAGGUUAACUGAGAAAGAUUUACAGUUUCCAUUCAUAGCCCUACUCAUAUCAGGGGGACAUAAUCUACUCAUUCUAGCUCGUGAUCUUGGGCAAUAUGUACAACUUGGAACAACAAUAGAUGAUGCAAUUGGUGAAGCAUAUGACAAGACAGCCAAAUGGCUUGGACUUGAUUUGAGGAGAAGUGGUGGUCCUGCUAUAGAGGAGCUUGCUAAGGAGGGGAAUGCCAAAUCAGUAAGCUUUUCAGUUCCAAUGAAGCAGCACAAAGAUUGCAACUUUUCCUAUGCUGGUCUAAAAACCCAAGUAAGGUUGGCAAUUGAAUCCAAAAAGAUUGAUGCCAACAUCCCUAUUUCUUCUGCAAGUAAAGAAGAUCGAUUGGCCCGGGCUGAUAUUGCUGCUGCUUUUCAGCGAAUUGCAGUGUUACAUCUUGAGGAAAGGUGUGAACGUGCAAUCCAGUGGGCAUUGAAGAUGGAGCCUUCUAUAAGACACCUGAUUAUCUCUGGUGGUGUUGCAUCAAAUCAUUAUGUUCGAUCUCGGCUUGAUAUGGUUGUGAAGAAGAAUGGCUUGCAACUUGUAUGCCCUCCUCCCCGGCUUUGUACUGACAAUGGUGUAAUGGUAGCUUGGACUGGCAUUGAGCACUUCCGCAUGGGAAGAUAUGACCCUCCUCCACCUGCAGAAGAACCAGAAAACUUUGUGUAUGAUUUGCGGCCGAGGUGGCCACUAGGGGAAGAAUAUGCCGAAGGAAGAAGUGACGCACGCUCAAUAAGAAGGGCUCGUCUUCAUCCAUCUCUUACGUCUAUAAUUCAAGCAUCAUCACAGCAGUGACAUUGCAUGUACUUCCAUGUUGCUUCAGCCUCUUCAUGAAGCUCUGCUGCACUAUUUUUGAUGGGCUGAAAUGUACUAAAACACAUAAUGUGUCAAGUCUGAUGCUUUUUUUGGGACCCUGUCAAUUAGCACCAUACCAAUGUCCCAAGAAAAUUCAGCCAAGCAAUGUCAUCAUAGGGUAAAAAAAGGUGGGUGAAAGUGAAAAUUGAAAAGAGAGGUUAUUAGAUUAAAUUAGAGUGAUGCUAUCACUAUUCUAUUCUUUUUUUAAAAAAAAAGAAAGAUUGAUUUAUAGCUUGAAUUCUUAAGGCAAUUUGUAAAUGUUGUAGCACAAAAUGUUUUGUAAUUAUUCUAUCCGCCAAACUGUGGUGGCACUGGUCUUUUUUCUGCAUAAUCUCCAGAUAUAUAUUGUAUGUUUUUCACAUUUCCCAUUUUUUAAGUUUCGUUGUUUAUAUGUUGAGAAAAAUUUGAGGGCCAACAAUUUUAGUUUAUAUGGGCCAAGUGGCCAGCAGUCUAACA